CCCUUGGUCAAAGACUGUGACGACGACGCAGAUGACAACUACAACCACCACUAUGGGUCCGACAGUAUACGGCUGUAGGGGUGCGGACGGGCAAAUCCACCCGCCCGGCUCGACGUACGGGAGCAGUUGUCACCCAUGUCAAUGUGCCAAUGAGCCCACCCUGUCAGGCACUACUUGGGUCUAUACCCAGUGGUGUCUUCAUAUCGACUGUGGCUGCCCGCGAUGUGUGGAUUACGUCUUUUCUCCCGAUCAGUGCUGCCCGACUUGCCCUAACGGUGACAACUGUGAUGCGAUGGGCACGGUGAUCCCAGGUGGUAUGGAUGUCCAGGUGUACGGCACCACUUGUCGCUGUGCCUACUAUGGUUUUUUUUUAGCCCCGGUUGUGCCCGUGCAAUCUGCGAUCCAGUCAUUACAACAACUGUGCCGACUCCUAUAACCAGGCACAACUGAUGGAUUUGGCAAAUAAAGGCAUAGCAAAGUCGAAAUGAGGAUUUUGUUUGUUUUGUUU